AUGGCAAGCCACGUUGAGGCCAGUCUCGAAUGUCCGGCCUGUUUGGAGAUCUUUAAAGAUCCUGUCAUGCUGCCGUGUACUCACAGCAUCUGCAAAGGCUGUCUCCAGGAAUGGCGGAAAGAGAAAGGCGGUCACUCCUGUCCAGUCUGUAGAACAGAGGUUAAUUCCAUGGAUUUGCCUAUGAACUUGUCACUGAGGAACGUGUGUGAGGCUUUUUCACAAGCCUCAAUCGAGUUAAAGGACAUCUGCAGCACGCACAAGGAGAAACUCAAACUCUUCUGUUUGGAACACCAGGAGCUUGUGUGCCUCGUCUGCAAAGAUUCAGAAAUCCACGUCAAUCACAAGUUCCGCCCCAUUGAUGAAGUUGCAAAAGGUAACAAAGAGAAACUCCAAAAAGCCCUGCUGGAUACAAAGAAAAGACUGAAAGAUUAUACCGAGGUAAGGGACAACUGCAAUAAAUACUCCGACUACAUCACAUUCCAGAGGAAGAAGGUGAAAAGAAAGAUUAAGAAGGAUUUUGAGAAGCUUCGUCACUUCUUGCUGGUUGAGGAGCAGGUCAGGUUGUCUGCUGUGAGUAAGGAAGUGAGGAACAAGACUCGGUUGAUCAAGGAGAAAAUUAAGGCUCUCAGCACAGACAUGGCCACUCUCUCAGACAUGAUCAGAACCGCAGAGGAGCAACUGAUGUCCGACGACCUUUCCCUCAUGAAGAACUUCCAGACUUUGAUGACCAGAAUGCAGAAGCCUUCCGAUAAGCCCAAGCGGCUCCCAAGGGGAUCUCUCCUGAAUGAAGCCAAACACGUGGGCAACCUCAAGUUCACUGCGUGGGAAAAAAUGAAGGAGAUUGUUGCCUACAGUCCCGUCAUUCUGGACCCUACCUCAGCCAGUGUAAAACUCAGUCUGUCUGAAGAUCUGACCAGCGUGAGUGCUGGUGAAAAACAGCAACGUCCCCAAAGUCCAGUGAAGCUUGAGGACGCUGUGUGCGGUUCUGCUUUGACCUCGGGGAUGAACAUUUGGGAUGUUGAGUGUUAA